AUGUUUAGAUCCACCCUAAAUUUGAAAUAUGCCAUUGGAUCUAAGAGAUCAUCGUCAACACCGAUCUCAAAGGGUAUAAAUAUCGAAAAACUAUUGCCUAGAAAUCAAAGAAUAAAAGCAUGGGAAAGAACAGGCGAAAGUAAAGAAGUAUAUUUCAAAAGAAAGCAUGCACACCAACAUGCAAAAGAAAAAGCUAAAAAGUUGGAAGUAUUAACUGAACAAAGGACAAAAUUUAAUCAAUACAAUUUCAGAAAAACAAGUUCAAAAAAGAGCGAUACUCUAAUUAAACGUGCUGAAAAAGAUGUUAAUCCAUUUUUUGAUUAUAUAUAUGGAACAAAUGCAGUUAGAGCAGCUUUAUUAUGUAGACCUGCAUUAGAGAAUAAAAGGUUAUUAUAUUAUAAAGAAUUAUCCCCAGAAUUUGUAAAACUUUGCAAUGAUAAAGGAAUACCAACAACAUUGGUGGAAGAUAAAACGGAAUUGGAUAAACUAUGUAAUAAUAUUGCUGCAACGGGUUUUGGAAGUGGAAAAUUAAAGAAAAGUGUACAUAAUAAUAUUGUUUUAGAAUGCAAGAAAUAUAUUGCUAAAGAAAUUGACACUUUACCCAAAGUUGCUGAGUCAUUAGGAGAAGAUGUUACUGUAUGCGCUAGUACUGGGUUACCAUUUUCUUACUAUGAGACCAACGAGGAAAACAGGAACGACUAUAAUGUGACAAAGGUGUUGCAAAAUGUCUUGAUAAAUGGUGCGAAAGACCAUCCGGUCGGUUUAUACUUGGAUGAAAUUCAAGAUCCUCACAAUAUGGGCGCCAUAUUGAGAUCUGCCUAUUACUUGGGUUGUGAUUUUGUUGUCGUUAGUCAUAAAAAUUGUUGUUCUGUUUCUAACGGGAUAGUACGCAAAGUUAGUAGUGGUGCAACUGAAUUAUUACCGAUUUUCACGACAUCAAAACCGUUAAAGUUUUUAAGUAGUUCACAACAAAAUGGCUGGGUUAUUGUUAGUGGGGAUCUUUUAGAAAAUGCUAACAAAUUUACUAGAAAUAAAUUUGUUGAUGAUGCAGAAGAGAUAAAUAAAUUGAAAUUACCUGUAUUAUUGGUCGUUGGUAAUGAAGGCGACGGCAUUAGGACGCAAUUAAAAAAAUUAAGCGACUUUUUCAUUACUAUUCCGUUUAAUAAUACUAUUAGUAAGCGCAAUGACGUUAUAGAUUCUUUAAAUGUCAGUGUUGCUACUGCUUUAUUACUAAAUAAUUUAUGUAAAUAG